CGACGAAGUCUCGAGCAAAAUGGCUAAUAUGACAGAGGUUAUUCACGAUUACUACCCUUCUACGAUCUACUUGCCUCAUUAUGUAACUAACGAGAGUUCGACCUUUUCAUUGGUCGCUCAAUUUGCUGUCCUUUGGGCUUUGGCCCUGGGUAUAGCGUCCAUCAUCAUUCGUCGUCCGCGAAGACCGGUGACUCAAUCAGACCAGUUUGCAUUCAUCUGGAUGUGCUUCACUGGAUGCAUACAUCUAUUUUUUGAAAGCUACUUCGUGGUUUACCACAAGACCCUAGCCGGCUCGCACACUUUAUUUGGCCAACUAUGGAAAGAAUACUCCCUUUCCGACUCACGCUAUCUGACCUCGGACUCUUUCCUUGUGUCUAUGGAAGCAGUUACCGCUUUUUGCUGGGGCCCACUCGCAUUCCUCAUUGCAUACUGCAUCGCCACCCAGCAUCCAGCCCGACAUGUUUUGCAGCUCAUUGUCUCUGUAGGCCAGGUCUACGGAGAUGUGCUCUAUUACGCUACGAGCAUGUUCGACCUGUAUUACCAUGGAGUGUCAUUCUGUCGUCCGGAAGGCUACUAUUUUUGGUUCUAUUACGUUUUUAUGAACUUUAUCUGGCUUGCUGCUGGUUCUUAUUUCGCGUACGAAAGUGCGGUGGAGAUCACGCGUGCUAUGAAUAAGUUAGGCGCAAUGGAUAGGAAACUGAAGGACCGGUAGAAAUUAUUUGUGUACCGGGGAUGAAGAGUCUUGAAGCUGUGGUUUAAGUGGAGUGAAUUCAAGUUGGGAUUACAGCUUGUGGUUCAUGGUUAAAAGUGCAUCAUACUAGAACAGAUAAGAUAGAUUAGGCGAUGGUCUUGGGCAGUAUAGAAAUGCUAAAUUCAUCAUCCGAAAAUAUCCGAACAUAGGGUGUACUCUUAUGUAUACAUCAGGAUAUUAAUACUUAGGAUUCCUCAAGUGAAAUAUACCAGGUACAUAGCAGAUCAAUCUUGUACUCAAAGCGAGAUAAGCACACUACAACUAUAAGAAGU